CAAAUGGGCGAAGGUUGGCCUUACCUGCGAUUUUAUACUAUUAGUUUUUACUGUAAACUAGAGCAAGUAACAACGGAGACAGCGCAAUGGGGUGGGGGACUAAUUCGAAGAACAAAACGACCAACAACAGUAUCAACUCCAACUCAACCUGCAACCGUUCAGGAGCAACUGGCAACGGAGACAGCGCGUUGGGGCGGGGGAUUAAUUCGAAGGACGAAACGACCGACAACAACGGCAAGUCCAAUUAAACCUGCACCAAUUCCUGGGCCGCCUCUAACACCGCCACCAACAGGUUUAGCGGCAGACAUAGGAAAUCACACCUUUAGCAAAGAUGGAGUUAAAUUCGAAAGAUGGAGUUUGGCCGGAACACUCGAUACCAUUGUAACCAUACCGAAGGUCGCUAUUAAAGCAGACAUCCCAACGAUCUUAUCCAUCGAAGAAAUCGAUGUGGUAGCUACAGGCGUAACAGUUUCAGACGAAAUUAAAUACGACGUCUUUUUGGACAAAGAUGGAAGAACCACGAUUAAACUCGCGAUACCGAAGGGUGUAGCUCCAAGCCGAGUGGAAAUCAAAAAGGGCGAUGACGACAUCACUAUAAACGUAGCAACAAGACUAGACGGCCUUUUUUCUGAAGCAACUGGCCCUUCAUCUUCAAUGAAAUUUGAAUCAUCAGAGCUUAAUGCCGAACAUAUCACUACCAUUACCUUACCUUUCGGUUUCAAGACGGCGACAAAGGGAAUAACCUAUACGAUCGAUGGCAUACAAGAUGUCGACCUAAUACCAUCAAAUACUAUUGUUAAUCUUGGCGAUCUGUCUCCUUCCAAAGGUGCGACUGAAACUGGAGUAAACUACGAAGUACUUGAGGAUGAUAAUAAAAAAAUUGUAGUCAAAAUUAUGGUACCUUCAAAAAAACCACCAGUUGCACAAGGUGAAUCCGAGACGACUCCAAGAACUCCUACCGGUAUAGGAAGUACAACAUACAACAAGGAUGGGGUGAAAUUUGAACGCAGCAAUGUCAAUAAUCAACUUGACACCAUUGUAACUAUACCGUACACGCAACUCAAGGGGAAUAUUCCUCACACACUACGUAUUGAAGAAAUCAGUGUGGCUAACUUUGGUGAUGUAACGCAGUAUGACGUUUUGUUGGACAAGGAAGGGCGGUCCACUAUCAAAUUCACUGUCCCUAAAGGAAAAUCUCCAACUGUGGUGACCAUAAAGAAAAACGGAAAUGAAAUUGUUGCCACUUCCUUUACCAAUAUUGACCCUUCAACUGUAGCAGUAGAGGCUUCAACCGGCUUCAAACUUGAAAUGAAUGAAAAAGACGAUGCGUACUUUACAACAGUUAAACUACCGUUUACCCCGGUCGAUGAUUCAAGUGUGCUGGCUUUUGUUCUUGAAGGAGUCAAAAAUGUGGAUAACAUACAAUCUGGAACAACAGUGGUCCUUGACAAUCUGUCUAUAUCCAAAGGUGUUACAUCCGGUUUAGACUACGAAAUUGCUUCCGAAGGUUCUAACAAGCGAGUUAUUACAAUUAAAGUACCUUCUGAGAAAAUUACAACGCAGUCAGCGAGUAAAGGUGAAUCCAUAACAACUCCAACUCCUGUGGGUUUCCGCACUUAUAGUUUUAUAGAUGACAAAAAUGGGGUGAAAUUUGACCGAAACAAUGUAAAUAAUCAACUUGAGACCAUUGUAACUAUACCAUACGAAAAACUGAAGGUGAAUAUUCCGCAUUCACUACGUAUAGAAGAAGGCAGUGUGGCUAACUUUGGUGAAGCAAAGCCGUAUGACGUUUUGUUAGACAAGGAAGGGCAAUCCACUAUCAAACUCACUGUCCCUAAAGGAAAAUCUCCAACUGUGGUGACCAUCAAGAAAGACGGAAAAAACAUUAUUGCCACUUCCUCUACCGACAUUGACCCUUCAACUGUAGCAGUUCAGGCUUCAAGCGGCUUCAAACUUGAAACGAAUAAAAAAAACGAUGCGUACUUUGCAAAAGUUACGUUACCGUUUUCUCCGACCGAUGAAUCAAGUGAGCUGGCUUUUGUUCUUGAAGGGGUCAAAGAUGUGGAUAACAUACUACCUGGAACAACAGUGGCCAUUGACGACCUGUCUACAUCCAAAGGUGUUACAUCCGGUUUAGAGUACGAAAUUGCUUCAGAUCGUUCUAACAAGCGAGUUAUAACAAUUAAAGCACCUUCUGAGAUGAUGGAAAAAAGUACCACGCAGUCAGCGGAUAAAGAGUUACCUGAAACUACUGACAUCAAAUUAGGAAAUGGCACUUACAACAAACACGGCGUCAAAUUUGAGCGAACAAUUUUGGGCGACGAACUCGACACUGUAAUCGCAAUACCCUCUUCUGCACUGCGAGAUGGUAUUCCAACGGUAUUGGUUAUUGAUGAAAUUCCAGUAGAUCGUGCUAAAGAAGGAAUGGAGUACGACGUUCUCCCUGACGUGGAUGGGAAAACUUCGAUCAGGUUUGCGACAGUAAAAGGAAAAUCUCCUACCACUGCAAGUAUCAGGAAAGUUAACGGCGAAAUUAUUGUGACCUGUAGAUCAAAUCUGGCCUCACGCAUGACGAGUGAAGAUGCUGGACAGUCAGCAGUACUAAAACUUGAAUGGGUAGAUGACACUGAUGGAUACACCACGACAAAGAUUACGUUACCAUCUUAUGUAGACAAAUUUACCGGUGGAAUAACUCUAGUUAUUGACGGAAUAAAGGAAAUAAACCGCCUCCCGACCUCCACCAGUGUUACAGUUGACCUUGACAAGUUGCCAUCUUCCAAAGGUGUGACCACAACUGGAAUUAAAUACGAAAUUCAACCUGGUUCCUCCAACAAUCAGAUCGUCAAAAUUGAACUACCUCCGCAUGGAAUAGAGGCAACAACUAAAUCUUCAAUAUCACCAUCUAAGCAUUUAGCAAAUAGUACCUUCAGGAAAGAUGGUGUUGUGUUUGAGAGAAGAAAUCUAGGUACAAAACUCGAUGCUGUAAUUACUAUACCACGUGCCAUAGCAGAAAAACACGAUCCAAUUAUACUGAUGGAAGAAGUUGAUAUUGUUCAGUCUCCAGGUGCACCUGACUGCAAUGUCUUUAAUAACACGGAUGGAAUAAUGACAAUUGAAUUUACGACACCAAGAGGAAAAUCCUCAUCGAUUUUAACGAUCGAGAAGGAUGAUAAACAAAUUAUUGCAACUUCCACUACAAAUAUGACUUUGGCAACUGAUGUAGAGAAGUCGGCUGUCACUCAAUUGGAGAUAGUAAAAGCGAAUGGAAAGUACACCAUGAAAAUUACAUUACCUUUUACCGCAAGUGUAGAUGUAAGCGAAUUGGUUCUUAUGCUCGAAGGGAUUAAUGACAUUGACAACGUUGCACCAGACACUAAGGUUACACUGGAAGAGUCACCUUCACCUAAAGGAAAAAAAUCAGGAAUCACGUACGAAUUUCUCUCACAGUUUCAGAAACAAAAAAUUCUCAAAAUUAAACUUCCGACAAAAGGAUCGCUGGUGCCAACCACACGUGCACAUUUUGAUAAAUUUAGAAAUGGCACGUAUAGCAAAAAAGGAAUCGAUUUCAGUAGGGUUAAUUCUAACGGGCAAGUUCAAACUAACGUUACCAUACCAAAUUCUGCCGCUAAAGGUUACUAUGGUACAGUGCUGGUUAUUGAUGAGCAAGACGUAGACUCUACCGAAGAAAGCAAGCAUUACGAGGUGUACGAUGUAAAUGAUAAGUUGAAUAUUAAGUUUACUAUUCCAAAAUCUCAAGUACCAACUAUCAUCACUGUACAAAGAGAUAGUAGUAAUAUCCUUGUACGCUCUACAACAAAUGGAUCAAGUUCGGAUAUGAAAACGGGUAACCAUGAAUCGCAAAUGAAAUUCGAAAUUUUUGCUCUAAAUGGUAGAAACUCCGCUAAAAUAACUUUACCCGCCGUAAAUAAGGACGCAAGGGAACGAAUUUUCACAUUUGAAGGUAUUGAAGGUAUCGACGACUUGCCAACGAAUACCAAAGAAUUCAUCGACUUAUCAUCGCUGAAAGGUGAAACUGCGCUAGGGAUCGCUCACGAAUUCUUGUUUAAUGAUACCAACAAGAUGUUGAUUGAGUUUGUAUUACCGAAAGACGAAUUGAAAGGAAUCAAAAGUAUUAAGGAUUUGGCCAAUUUUGGAACAUUUGAUCUGGGUGGGAAGCUGGUCCAUAAUUUAACUGCGCCAUAUCAGAAAGACAAAUCGCCAAAUACUGCGUUGAUCAUUGAAGAAAAUGUGAACGGUUCUCAGCCUGGUCAGUAUGAUGUUUUUAGCACCGACGAUGGCAAGACCAUAAUAAAGCUUAGCAUACCGAAGGGAAGAUCUGCAACAGUAUUGACAAUCGGAACAGAUGAAAAUCAGAUAUCUGUAAAUGCUUCGACGAGUUUAAUGGGGGACACACCUACAGAAGAUGUAGCAGCAAUGGAACUAAAAACUCUUAACGUUGAUGGUCGCAACAUUAGCAAAAUUACACUUCCUUAUUCCGCUGAUGGGAAUGGAAGCGUAUACAUUGUUGAAGGGUUAGAGAAACUUGACACGAUUUCUUCAGAAGGCGUUCCUGAAAGUUUGUUACCCUUGACGAGUGCUGCAAUAGAAAAGAAGUAUAAACCAUUACUAAAUCAAUCGGGUAAAAUCAUCGCGUCGUUUAAGAUACCUACGAGAAAGAAUGAAACGGAGGACGAUCGCCCUACGCCUACCAACUUUGCAGAAUUUGUUGAUGCUUUUGUGGACGCUAUUGGAGUUGGCGGUACCGUAGUUGUAGUUACUGGUGCUGUUGCAAAUGUCGCUAUACUUGGAUUAGCAAGUUUACUACUUCUACAUCGUUUCUCCAACGCAAAGUUUCUUCAAGCUGCAGGACUGAACCGUGCCUGUCAAACGUACGAGAAAAUCACGAACUCGUAAAAUGGUGUCAAGUUCUUAUUGGUGAAGAUCUGUAUCGCGUAAUUGUACUUCUUAAUUUUAUAAUAAAAA